AUGGACGACGUCACCCGUCUGUUGUCCACCGGAAAGGUGGUGAAGAUCUGGGACGCCGAUUCCAUGACGCUGCUGGAGCAGUUGGACCCGCACGGCGGCCAGCACCCGCUGACGCAGGCCUGCUGGACCGCCGACAAUCAGCACUUGGUAAGCGCCAGUAGUGGCGGAGAUAAACUUGUGGUGUCCAGUCUGAAGUCGCCCCACGUUUCCACGGCGGUGUUGGCCGAAGGAAAAGGGCAAACGCGCGUGAGCCUCAGUUCGUCCUCGCAGUUCUUGGCCAGCGGCGGCCUGGACCGCUGCGUGCACAUUUGGGACUUGAGGACCUCCAGGCCGCUGCGUUCGCUGAAAGAUCACGCCGAGGAGGUGACCUGCGUCACCUUCAACGCCAACGACAGCCUGCUGGCGUCCGGGUCGGCCGACGGGCAGCUGGUCGUCCACAGCCUGGCCACCAACACGUCCGGCAAAGCCUUCGGGCACGGCGGCCAGCAGCCGGUGCGCGACCUGGCCCCGUCGCGCACCAAGCGCACCCUGCUGGGCAGCGUGUCGGAGGGCGGCUGGCUGUCCCUGUGGGACGCCCGAACGCAGAAGGAGCUCCACGCUUUCCGAGGCGCCCACAAAGCGCCCGGCUCGGGCCUGGCCUUCUCGCCCGUCAGCGAGCUGCUCCUGGUCAGCGUGGGCCUGGACAAGAAGAUCGUCUGCUACGACGCCGCCAGCAAAAUCGUGGUGCGCACCAUCCGUGCGGAGGCCCCGCUCACGUCGGUGGAAUUCACGCCGGACGGUUCGGGCGUGGUGGCCGGUUCGGCCCAGGGUCACGUCGUUUACUACGACCUGAGGAACAGCGCCGCCCCCGUCAGAGUGACGGCAGCGCACGACUUCGCCGUCACCUGCCUGCGCUUCCACAACGACAGACACAAGGCGAGCAAGACGUCCAGGACGUCCGACGCCAAGGGCUCCGUCUCCAAAGCGAGCGGCGGACUUUCCGGCUCCUCGCCUCCGUCGUCCGAUCGGGAAAAAGGAGCGGAGCGUUUUCCCGCGGCCGCCGUGGGACGAAACAGCCUGGACGUGUUUUCGCCGCUGCGAAGAGAUGCGGGAGGUGCGCCGGCGAGCGCCGACGGGACUUUUGCGGCGGCCCAAGCGACCUUGCCGAGGCAGGAGGCGGGGCCUCUCAAGGGCCGGGGAAGUCUGGACGUGUUCUCGCCUCUCCGAGAAGCGAGCCUGCCGAGACAGGAGGCGGGGCCUCUCAAGACGACGGGCCGGGGAAGUCUGGACGUCUUCUCGCCUCUCCGAGAAGGUCCGACGGAAGCCGCCGCCCCGCCGGCCGUCUCCCGGACGCCCUCCGCCUUCCACAUGUCCAUCGUCAAGGAGGAGGAGGAGCCCGUGCCGGAAGCCCGCCCACCCGACAAGGUCGAGAUGACGAGCCCGGACAAAGAAGCGCCCGGCCGCGGCGACCGCCCGGCUCCGCCCCCCAUUCCCGAAGCGCUAACUAACGGCGUUCCCGCUCGGCGGAACGACGCCUCGCCAGACGCGCCGUUCACUAGCGUCCAAAUGAACGUCAUCACCGACAUCAUCCACCGGUCCCUGGACGAACUCAGAGAGCUGGUCCACCAGGAAGUGUUCCACCUCCAGGUGGAGAUGAUUCGGCAGUUUUGCAUCCAGAUGGAAGAGUUUCACGCCAUGAUGACGGCGCAGAAGUCGGCCCACGACGCGCUGACGGAGGAGAACCGCCGCCUUCGGGAAGAGAACCUCAGACUCAGUUCAAACUACUGA